CGAAGGGUUAAGAAUAGGAUGGGGAAUACAACCUACAAACCAACACAAACACAACUGGAGAUAUUGGAGUCGGCUGUAUAAACAUUGCGGUACGGGGGAAAGGUUCGGGUGGGGAGUGGAGAGGAGUUCGUGAAGUUUCGCGAAUUUUCUGGGGAAAAUAUAUAUGGUGUCCCGCGAAGCCUCUCGGCUCAUGGCGCGGCGAUUAUAGAGCGAGACGCGAAGCGCCCGUUAAAUCGGUAUACGGUACCGCUUUUGUACGCCUUCUCAGAGUGAAUACGAUUACGAGGCACAACGACGCGACGCUCGUCCGUGAUCCGAGACGUACAGGUAAUUGAGCGAUACCCUGGAUCCACGAGACCCACGAGUAGACGUACGGCCCGGUACAUCCCAAAUGACAAAUACCAUGGGCGGAGCACACUUGUGUACGCCGCAGUCCAUCUUUCAACAGAUGAUAAACCAACAGAAUCCGCAGCAGCAACAGCAGCAGAUUGGACCAUGGAUGCAAACGCCGCAGGUACCGCCGAUAACCAUUCCGUGGAGCGUACCAGGGUUGCAGCAUUCGGAAUUGGUUAGGUUCACUGGAGAGACCAGCUCUGGACCGAUAGUCCAUCAGAAGAGAAAAUUAGAAGCGCCGGACGUUGUAGAUAUGCGUCAAACAAAGCAGUUUAUAACAGAAGAGAAAAUAGCUGCACAUUUCAAAGAUCUGCACAUUAGUUCCAAUUAUGAAUCUGAUAAUCCGGUGCCGUCGACCUCUACUGCUCACCCAUCGUCUUCUUGUCGUAAGCAAUUAGAUAUGGAUCUAGAUGUCGAUGCAACGAACGCAAUAAAUACUGAACAAACGAGCGAGCUACAUCCAAGAUUGGUCCUUUCAGAGGAACUCAAGCGAAUGCAAGAGGAACCAAUUCUGCCGUCGACCCUUAUAUCUAAAUUAGAGAGGCCGUCUAUGGCUCUGGUCCUUUGGGAACCACCAAACAGGCAUCUUCGUGUUCUGCCAACGAGAAAUACUCCAACGCCAAUUCCGAAUACAUCCGACGACAAUAAUAAUAAUAACAACAAUAAUAAUGACACUAUUCCCGAUCUUAAUAACAUAUUAUCCAAUGCAACAUCAACGUUCGAGCCAAUGGAAUUAUGAGGAUCUCUGAUGAUUGAUCUAGACUAGACGUUACUGUCAAGAAAGGAUUGGCUUCAAAUUGGUCGAAGAAUUUAUCAAAGGAUAUGUAGUGGAUUUGGAAUAUUCUGUAUAUUUGCCAUUUUUAAUUCCAUACUUUUUUAUAAUAAAACGAUUUUACUAGAGGUUUGUAAUGGAGUUGAUCUCGUUUAUUCUAAGAUCAUUGGGACCGAGCAUUUUCUUUAUUCAGAGAUUUUUCGUCAAUCUUUAUUCUUAUUAAUGGCACAAGCACAAAAUGUCCUUUGUGUUUUGUCCUUUUUUCAGAAUUGUUCAUGUUAGUAAUGGAAGAACACUGCAAGAAGUCUUGAGUUAGAGAAAAAUCGGCGACUCGGAACAAAGAUUCUUAGAAUAGAGGAAAUAAAUUAUAUAUAUAUAUAUAUCGCUAUCAAGUUCUUAGUUUAUAUUUUGCACAUAAUGUUGAGUGAGUGGGAAAUGAUUAUUAAAACGAGAGGAUAACAAGUGAUAACAUGUAAUGAGCGUUUAUUAUGAAUGGUUGGGUAUGUAUUAGUAUGUACUAGUUUUGCAUUAAAAUACGAUUAUGACGUAUUAAAAC